AUGGAUGAGCGCAGGCACAUAAGUAGACUAAAGGCCAUAAAUCUAACAAAACUACAGGAGUCAUAUAAAAAGUACACUAAAGUCGUCCCAAAAGAGACCAGAGUAAAAAAAUUAUCAGACAGUUGGCACCCUAAUACUCCCGAUUACAGAAUAAAUUUAAGUAAUUCACUUUGGAACAAGAAGUUGAGUAACUGGCGUAAGAACGUGCAUAAAUGGAGUUAUAUUAACGAAUCUGAAGUUGAACCGUUAUCCAACAAGUUAAAACAGGGUAAAAUAGAAGAAUUUGUGUCAAUUUGUGAAGGAAACAAGCCUGAUUCAGCCAAGUUUGACGUGUGCGACCAUUUACUAAACAGCCAUAAUUCCGAGUUAUUCUAUCCAGUAAUAUAUAAGCCCUCUUGGUUUAACGGCGAAAUAAGUGAAAACAAUUUUCAAACGCUAGGCGAAGCAGACUUUAUAAGUAAGUCUGAAUUGAUGCUUUCCAACUUGGACAAGGACUUUACAAACAAAUUCAUGUCACUAUACACAUCAAACUAUAAAGCUUCUUAG